AUGGAAAGCCGUGCCGCGGGGGNACCCUAUCCAGAAUCUAAACCUGAAACACCCUAUCCAGAAUCUAAACCUGAAACACCCUAUCCAGAAUCUAAACCUGAAACACCCUAUCCAGAAUCUAAACCUGAAACACCCUAUCCAGAAUCUAAACCUGAAACACCCUAUCCAGAAUCUAAACCUGAAACACCCUAUCCAGAAUCUAAACCUGAAACACCCUAUCCAGAAUCUAAACCUGAAACACCCUAUCCAGAAUCUAAACCUGAAACACCCUAUCCAGAAUCUAAACCUGAAACACCCUAUCCAGAAUCUAAACCUGAAACACCCUAUCCAGAAUCUAAACCUAAAUCCCCCUAUCAAAAACCUGAACCUGAAACACCAUAUACAGAACCUAAACCUGAAACACCCUAUCAAGAGGCUAAACCAGAAAACCCUAUAUCACCCUAUCAAGAACCUAAGCCUGAAAUAACCUAUUCAGAACCUAAACCGGAAACCCCCUAUCCUGAACCUGAACCAGAAACCCCCUAUCCAGAACCUGAACGAAAAAAAAACUCUCAAGAACCAAAAUCUGAAACGCCCUACGCAACACCUAAAUCUAAAACACCCAACAAAAGUGAUAAAUAUGAGCAAAAAAUAAUUAACCAAGAUAUCAGGUUUAACGAAGAUGCUAGAGAAGAUUUUAAGAAGCUAUAUGACGAACUCAUCUACCUUGAACAGUAUGUGCAUUCCCUUACAUCUUCGCAUGCUGGAUACAAACCAUAUCCAGCGGAGACACCAGAUACUGGAUACAAACCAGGCCUAGUAGAGACACCAGAUACUGGUUACAAACCAGGCCUAGUAGAGACACAAGAUACUGGAUACAAACCAGAUCUAGCGGAGAAACCAGAUCCUGGAUACAGACCUGCUGAAAACCCAGAUGCUGGAUACAAACCAGACCUAACGACGAUACAAGAUACAGGAUACACACAAGAUACAGUAGUUUCACAAGAUACUGGAUACACUCCAAAUAAACGAGAAUCUAAUGCAGAAGAAGAUAUGAAGUAUAAUAUGCUGAUGAUGGAGAUGAAGAAAGAAGAAGAGGAAUUAGGAGAAUUGAUAAAGUUAGUGAGAGAAAACAUGAAAUCUUAAAAAUAAAUUAACAUUACAAACAUUUUGUAUUUUGAGAA